CUAAUCCGAUAGGAGAGAGGUCGGCUUUAUAUGAGGAGAAAGAGAUAGAAAACCUCGAAUCGAGUCAUACAUCUGCGACCUACAUCCUCAACCAUGAAGAGAAAAAGGAGCAGCACCUGUUAGAUCCACGUGAGUGCCGCCUGUGGGUCUCGCUAGAAGAGCGGAUGGAGUGGCUCGUUCUCAAGAGACUUCGAAAGCAGUGGAAACAGAG